GCUUCGUAACAACCAUAAUGGCGCCGGUGGAUCAAGCCGCUACCAACCAGGUAGAGACCCAGUUGAAAGACAUUGUACAAAAUCUAUACAACCUUAUCGUUCAGUCCUUUGACCACCAAGGUAAUCCCACCCAGGAUGCCAUGAAGCGCGAAAUGCAAGUCCUCGUCCAGAACCUGCUCAAUCUUACACGCACCGCUCCGUCUGUCAACAUAGAGAUUCCACCAGAUGUUACAAGCUACGUUGAAGGCUCGCGGAAUCCGGAUGUGUUCACAAGAGAAUUCGUUGAAACUGUCCAGCGGAUGAACCAAGCCCUCAAAGGUCGGCUCGAAGGUUACCGAUUGAUGCAAGAUUCGCUUGCACAAGCUAUAAUAAGAGGAAUACCUGCCCUGAGUGAAGACGUCGUGAAAGUGUGCAAUUUCACCGGACAUUCUGUCACAAUGCCUAGCAAGCAAGGUGCAUCUACAUGAGUGUAGGUUGAAGAAGCUUUUGGUUCCCAGCUCCUAAUGAUCAUAUCGACUCGUUCAUACUUUUCCAUCACCGCAAAUAUAUCCAUUGCGAUUACACGGCGAGCGGAAACCAAAAGUAAAUUACUUCCAAGGUGCCAUAUUGA